CGAUAGGUGUGUUUACAGCUGACUUCUUGAAAUGUACGGUCAUCCCGGUCUGCUAGAUCGGUAGAGUCUGGAAGUGCUAAGUAAUUCUGUUUAUUGUUUGUUGUUCUAUUCUUUGAGUAGUCAUUCAAUCAUUUGUUUAUCUAGUGUGUUGUUCCUUGGUUCUCGGCUUUGGGAUUGACGCUGAAAACGAACACUUGUGAAAAAAUUUCAGGAGGAGGCGUGUGAUUGUGAUUGGUAUAGGUGUAUAUAGAUAAUAUUCUUAUUUUGUUUUUGUAGCUUCCACUACGUGAUCUAUCUAGUGAUGGCAGAGAGCAAUGAAAAAGAGACAAAAAAUGUUGAAUCACAGAAGGAUGAUGAUGACCUAGAUUCACUUUUGGACAGUGCUCUAGAUGAUUUUACAAAACCCUCUCAAGAAAAACCAACUGUGAAGAAAGAGGAGUCAAGUACAAGUUCCAAAGAAGAUGAUCCCGAGGUUAUGUGGACAGAAAUGAUCAAGCAAGCCCUAAAUGCAGACCCCAACAUUCGGGACAUGUUCCAACAAGAUGGCCAAGCAGAAUCUGAUUUUUUCAAAGACUUCACAACGUUUGCAGAAGCAGCAGCUAAAGUAAUAGAAGGUGACACACCUCCUGGCAGUUUUGCAGAAAUAAUGACGGAAACCUUGAAAAAUCUCAAUGAAAAUUCAGAAGCAAUCCAGAACCAAUUUAAUAACCCCGAUGAGCUGGCCAAUAUGUUUCAAGAGCUUGGUCUUAGUAUGGAUGGCCCCAAGGAUAACAGCAGCAUGGAAGAUAUGCCACCAUUCAUGCAGGCAAUCAUGCACUCGUUCCUAUCCAAGGAGAUCCUGUAUCCAUCUGUGAAGGAUUAUGUUGAAAGGUAUCCAGUGUGGUUGGAGGAGCACAAGGCUACGCUGACACCAGAGGCUUAUGACAAUUACAGCAAGCAGUUGGAGCUCAUCAAGAAGGUGGUGGGAGAGUUCGAGGCAGAAGCGGAGUCAGACAGCGAUGAUGUCAAGCGACAAAGGUUCCAGAGGAUCAUGACCUAUAUGCAACAGAUGCAGCUGUUAGGCCAACCUCCUGCGGACUUAAUCGCUGGAGACUUGCCGCUGGAUGCCGCAGCUUUACCCAGUAUGCCCACAGGAGUCGAUCCCAGCCAGUGUUCUGUCAUGUGAUCCGAAUACCUUACAGCUCAAUAAUAGUUCCGCUCAAUGGCCAUGAGGGCCAGUAGCAUUUGUACAUACAAUUUGAAUCCGAAUAAGUUGCAAUUGUGAAAGUUAUCUUGGUAAACUUUCUCUAUAGAGUAGUGUUGUAAUAAAUGCGUAAGUUAUCAUAACUUAAAAAAUGUAAUAUUUAUAUAAUAAAAAAGAUUAUUUAUGACAUUAAAA